AUGGCGUCCUCUUCUUGCAGUCUCUCAACAAAUUCAUUGCUAAGUGUGUCUCCAGGUGCAGUUGUUCAGAAUGGAAAACACAAAUACUUUCUUCGAGAUAUUGCCACUGGUGAACUCAUAACUAGAAUUGUUAAAAUCUAUGAAGACGAGUAUAAAAUUUUCACUGCACUUGGUAUAACUGAGAAUCAACAGAUAUUUUAUGAAAUUCGAAAAAUGUUGCUGCUAGGUCUGAAUAUUGAAAUUGAAACAUUGUUCCUGGAAGAUUACAAAUCGUUCAGUUUGAUUUUGGCCUCGGUAUAUUGUAGAAAGGAUGCACUCAACAUUCAAAUUAAGAAAAAUUUGCAAUGCAAAAAGCAAGAGUGGGAAGAACAAGAAAAUUUGCUGGAGGGAUGUCCACACCCUCUUCACACUAUAAUGGUAAUGUGCUUCGUGGCGCAUUCUAUGAAACGAUUAUUAGACGCUAAGGAUUUCGGGCAAGUUUUAAAGCGCAAUGAUUACGCUCAACUCAAGGAACAACUUGAAGAACUCGCGUGUAAAGUUAUCAAUCAUCUCAACUUGAAUGGAGUCAAGGGACCGCGUCAAGCGAUGGAAGCAUUGAAAGCUGAUUAUGCCUCAACUUUUUCAUUUUUGGCAGAAAGAAAAUUCAUGCAGUAUCAAGAUUAUUUGGCUCAAAAAUUUCAGAAAAGUCAGGAGAUCAUGGCAAUUGCAUAUAAAGCAAAAGCAAUGAAGCUUUUGUCACAAGGAUCGUGCACCAACCUUCUGAAAAGCCGAAACGGGUGCGCAGCCACGGGAAAGUAUCUUUUUCACUUAAUCUUCCGAGUCUUAUUCAUUUUUCUGUUUGCCUAUAUGCUGUGCUUCGUUCCUUUUUACAGCAGUUACGAGAAAAGAGAUAACUACAAUUUCAUGCAAUAUUUUUCUUUUUUCUAUGUCCUCGCAGUAUUAUUCGCGCAGGUUUCAAUGACAACCAUCAAGGCGAUCGAUUAUUCGAUGUCCAUGCCAAAAGGUGGCCGAUUAGCUGGUUGGAAACUAUUUAUGAAAGACUACAAACUUGCAUUUUCACGUGUUGCUUUGGUAAUCACUACUUUGGUACUCGAAGUUGCCCAAGAAUUCGUCUUCCCAGUUUUCUUGGUGAAGAGUUCAAAAGAUGUUUCCUAUAAAGGUUGGCCAAUUGUUCCAAUCAUUCUCGAAAUUCUCUAUUGUGUUUUGUUCACAAUUGCAACUGUUUCAACGCUUCGAUUUUUUGAAUUCAUGAAGUCUCUCGGUUUCUUCAUUCAUAUUUUGAAGAAGAUGAUAAAGACAGUUUUAAUGUUUGUCGUAAUAUUCUGCACGUUUUGGUUUGUGCUGGCGGUUAUUCAUGUCAGUAUAUCAAGGUCAAUUUUUUCAUCAGAGAGCUCUUUCUUGUAUAUUCUUGCAUCACAAGGAAAAUUCGAAAUAUUUGGAGAAGUACAGGAAGACGACCGGAUUGGAAGUUUGCCAAACUGCAGUAGCUACUCUCGAACCAUAUGGAAAUUUUUCGAUAUGGACUACGCAGAGGCGAGCUGCCUAAUUCGCAGCUCGGCUAUGCCAUUUCUGGUGUUUGGCUAUAUUUUUGUGUCUGGAAUUUUGCUAGUCAACUUGCUAACUGCACAAUUGACCAAAGAAUAUGAAAAGGAAUCCGAAAACAGUAGUUAUUACAAUGGUUACUUGAAAUAUGGACAGCUGAUGAAAAUCGAUUCAAAGCUUUUCUUGCCGCCUCCGUUAUCGCUCAUUUACAUACUGUUCCGCCUUAUGUUUUUUGUGUUCUUAUGCGCAAUGUUCAUGAUUACAACUGUUACGGAUAUCUGUUGCGAUCAUCGGUGGCUCACAAAAAGAUUCACAUGUGUUUGGAAGAUUAUAAAAAUUGUUGAAGGAUAUCCUUGGGGAACUGUUAGAGAGACCACUAAUCUUCAUGGUGCCGAGGAUGAAAUUCGGGACUUUUUGAAAAUUGAUAGACAUGAUUUUCAACAAAAUCGAAAAGCUGAUUUGAAGUCAGCCAUGUCAACUUUGCAACAAGAAAUCAUGGGGGAUAGAGCCACCGAGACAAGGUCAAGACUUCAGUCUCGUGUUGAACAAAAGGUUGAGGGAUCUCAAAUAGAAAAAUCGGCUAAUUUCUUGAAUGAAAUCAAAGAUUUGCUUACGAGCUACGAUGGUAAAGUUGUUGACUUUGAUUUUUUCACAACUCUGAAUAACUUUGCAACUAAGUACAUGAUGAAUGAUAUGUCGGCGAGGCCGAUUUGUGAACAACCUAGCUUAAAUGGUCCGUCACGACAAACUAUUCACGAGGAAAAUAAAGAAGAUGAAAGUGAUGGAGAAAUCGAUAAAGAUGUCACGGAAGAAGUCCCAAUUGAUUUUUAA